AUGGGUAAGGAGGACAAGACUCACAUCAACAUCGUCGUUAUCGGCCACGUCGAUUCCGGCAAGUCCACCACCACUGGUCACCUGAUCUACAAGUGCGGUGGUAUCGACCAGCGUACCAUCGAGAAGUUCGAGAAGGAAGCCGCCGAGCUCGGUAAGGGUUCCUUCAAGUACGCUUGGGUUCUUGACAAGCUCAAGUCCGAGCGUGAGCGUGGUAUCACCAUCGACAUUGCCCUCUGGAAGUUCCAGACUGGCAAGUAUGAGGUCACCGUCAUUGACGCCCCCGGUCACCGUGACUUCAUCAAGAACAUGAUCACUGGUACCUCCCAGGCUGACUGCGCUAUCCUCAUCAUUGCCUCCGGUACUGGUGAGUUCGAGGCUGGUAUCUCCAAGGAUGGCCAGACUCGUGAGCACGCUCUGCUUGCUUUCACCCUCGGUGUCCGCCAGCUCAUCGUUGCCCUCAACAAGAUGGACACCUGCAAGUGGUCCGAGGACCGUUACAACGAAAUCGUUAAGGAGACCUCCAACUUCAUCAAGAAGGUCGGAUACAACCCCAAGGGUGUUCCUUUCGUCCCCAUCUCCGGUUUCAACGGUGACAACAUGCUCGAGCCCUCCCCCAACUGCCCCUGGUACAAGGGUUGGGAGAAGGAGACCAAGGCCGGCAAGGUCACCGGUAAGACCCUCCUUGAGGCCAUCGACGCCAUCGAGCCCCCCGUCCGUCCCUCCAACAAGCCCCUCCGUCUUCCCCUCCAGGAUGUCUACAAGAUCUCCGGUAUUGGAACUGUUCCCGUCGGUCGUGUCGAGACCGGUAUCAUUGCCCCUGGUAUGGUCGUGACCUUCGCUCCCGCCAACGUCACCACUGAAGUCAAGUCCGUUGAGAUGCACCACCAGCAGCUCAAGGAAGGUGUCCCCGGUGACAACGUUGGUUUCAACGUCAAGAACGUUUCCGUCAAGGAGGUUCGCCGUGGUAACGUUGCCGGUGACUCCAAGAACGACCCCCCUCUUGGCUGUGAGAGCUUCACCGCCCAGGUCAUCGUCCUCAACCACCCCGGUCAGGUCGGUGCUGGUUACGCUCCCGUCCUGGACUGCCACACUGCUCACAUUGCUUGCAAGUUCGCUGAGCUCCUUGAGAAGAUUGACCGCCGUACCGGAAAGUCUGUUGAAUCUUCCCCCAAGUUCAUCAAGUCCGGUGACGCUGCCAUCGUCAAGAUGAUUCCCUCCAAGCCCAUGUGUGUUGAGGCUUUCACUGACUACCCCCCUCUUGGUCGUUUCGCCGUCCGCGACAUGAGACAAACUGUUGCUGUCGGAGUCAUCAAGGCUGUUGAGAAGAAGGAGGGUGGUGCCGGUAAGGUCACCAAGGCCGCCCAGAAGGCCGGUAAGAAAUAA